AUGGAAUUUAGAUUGAAUUUCAAGCUUGGCUUGGUCGCUGUUAUCGUUCUCGCUGUCUUUGUAACCCUCUAUUACAAAUAUAUAUACAAAAGAAAGGAAUACAUACCCGUAAGCUUUGAUGAGCAGAUUGAACUUGGUUUCAACUCAGACAACUUUAAUAUCACAAACAACCUCAACGAUACACGACAAGGUUUGAAUGAGUUGGAGUUGAGGGAAAUAAACAACCUCAUGAAUACUAACAAGAUAUCUUUCGAUCAAGCGAGAUUAAAGAGACUAGAGCGCACACUCAAUCAGAAUAAUAUUGAUGAAUCUGGUCUACCCAGGGAUCCAAAAUUUGUACAAUUUAAAUAG